AUGAGUUCUUCUCUCAUACGGACAUUCGGGGCCCUCUCCCUCGCGGCCACGCGAGCGACGAUGGCUGCGCCCCGACAGGUCCUCGGCCUCACGCAGAGGGUCAUGCCUACUUCCCUGGCGGCCUCGAGGAGCGCGGCUGUCACUACGGGUGUGUUCGAGCAGGUUCGGGGGAUGAAGGUACACAGCUCUGUCAAGAAGCGAUGCGAGCACUGCAAGAUUGUUCGACGAAAGGGCGGAAAGCGACACAAUGGAUAUCUCUACGUUAUCUGCAAGGCGAACCCUCGACACAAACAACGACAGAGCUGA